AUGGCUUUAGUAAGAGCAGUGGUGCGCUCAAACUUAAUGAAAAAUACAUGGAGUGUGCCGGCACGAUUCGUGGCAAGAAUGCCUGACAUCCUCGAACAUGCCACUGGGCUGGAAAAACGAGAAUUAUUGGCAAUCGCGGCAGGUGAUCCCAACCCGUUUGGUAUGUACGUUCUAAAACGUUGUGCUGGGACUCGUGAUAAGCCAACUUGUGUACCCUCUGCCUUUGAUAAACGUCUUGUUGGAUGCAUAUGCCAUGAAGAUGAUCAGCAUAUCAGCUACAUGUGGUUGCACUCUGAUCAUAUGAAGAGGUGCGCUUGCGGUUAUUGGUUCAAGCUUAUCUUCAAGUGCCCAGUCUAA